AUGAUGCGCAUCGCUGCUACCAAGGCCGCGGCCCGCCCCCUCACUCUCGCCUCGAGAGCUUGCUUCAGCACCACUGCUCGCACCAUGAGCGAGGGCGACACUGGAGCUCCCUCCAAGUACGGAGGCGGUGACGCCUUCCAGAAGCGCGAAAAGGCCAACGAGGACUACGCCAUCCGCCAGCGCGAGAAGGAGAAGCUCCUCGAGCUCAAGAAGAAGCUCAGCGAGCAGCAGGCCCACCUCCAGCAGCUGUCUGACCACAUGUUCGUCCACCACCUUUCAUCCUUCCACGCCUUUCCACCUUUUCCCCCUUCCAAACCCGCCCCAUCCGCGUGCAAUGACGUCGACUUUGUACAUUUGCUAACAACGGCACCCAAAACAGUGACGAGAUCACCAAAAACCAGGGUGGCGAGCACAACUAAAUUCAAAAUCAUAAAGAUGCAAUUUCCCCCCCGCUUCACGGAGGAGGUCUUUUCAAAGCGAUAA